UCGUGAAGAGUGAAGGAGUGAACACAGGCAAGGAAGGAUAAUUGUCAUGCUUCCGCGCAUUUUCUGCACAUUGUUUCCAUUUCUCAUACCCGCAAGUAAGGUUCUGCAUUUCACUUUCCAAUCAGAAACUACCAUGUCAUCGUCUUACUCCACAACAACCACCCACCAAUGCUGUGUGUGGUGAAAGCUUCGAAAUGGAAACCUCAUAGAAGAACCAAUGAACACUAAAACCCUAGUAAGCAGUGAGUAGCUGAAUUUGGAAAAGAUUUGAAGGUCAAAACCCCAAAAUCAAAUAAUCGAGUUCUUGCAAUUGGGCUCAUGUAGACCCUUGGAUCACACUACCUACACCAGAUCCACCUUGAGAGAACUUCCAAAUUUUCAUAUUGUGAUAAUAAAGCCUAGGAGGAACAGUAAUGGAUCACAGCUCUGAUGAGGAUACUGAUAUAAGUGAAUCUGAAAUUAGUGAGUAUGAAGACAAAUCUUAUGAAGAACUGAAAAAUGGAAGUCAGAGUGUGAAAACUUCGGAUGAGACUUUCACUUGUCCAUACUGCCCUAAAAAGAGAAAACGGGACUAUUUGUACAAGGAACUACUUCAACAUGCUUCUGGGGUGGGUCAGAGUAGUUCACAAAAGAGAAAGGCAAGAGACAAGGCCAACCAUUUGGCUUUGGUGAAAUAUUUGGAAAAGGAUCUCAUGACUGUAGAUGUUCCGUCAAAAGAUUCAAAACCUGCAGAUGAAAGUGAUUCUUUUGUUAAUUCUGAUGACCAGUUUGUGUGGCCUUGGAUUGGAAUAGUAGUUAAUAUUACCACAAGAAGGACAGAAGAUGGACGCAGUGUUGGGGAGAGUGGUUCCAAGCUGAGGGAUGAGUACAGAAGCAGGGGUUUCAAUCCAGUACGAGUCAGUCCUCUGUGGAAUUUCCGGGGUCAUUCUGGAACUGCUCUUGUGGAAUUCAAUAAAAACUGGCCAGGCUUAGAUAAUGCAUUGGCAUUUGAAAGAGCAUAUGAAUUAGAUCAUCAUGGGAAAAAGGAUUGGUUUGCUAGUUCUGAGCAGAAGUCUGGUCUUUAUGCAUGGGUUGCCCGAGCAGAUGACUACAAAAUGAACAAUAUAAUUGGUGAAUAUCUGCGAAAGAUGGGCGAUGUCAAAACCAUACCUGAGCUUAUGGAAGAAGAAGCACGAAGGCAGGAUAAACUUGUCUCCAAAUUGACUAACAUUAUUCAGGUCAAGAACAAGUACUUAAAAGAGAUGGAAGUGAUAUGCGAUGAGACUACACGCAAGAUUAAUGUUGCUGUAGCGGAAAAAGAUAAGCUCAUUCAAGACUAUAAUGAAGAGAUAAAGAAAAUUCAGUCAAGUGCCAGGGAUCACUUCCAAAGAAUUUUUAAUGAUCUUGAAAAACUUAAAUCACAACUAGAUUCUCAGAAAAACGAGCUUGAAUUGCGGAAAAUUGAACUGGAAAAGCGCGAGGCACAUAAUGAAAGUGAACGAAAAAAGUUGUCAGAAGAGAUCGAGGAGAAUGCAGUGAAAAAUAGCUCUCUUCAGAUGGCUACUCUGGAGCAAAAGAAAGCUGAUGAAAAUGUUAUGAAACUGGCUAAAGAUCAAGAGAGGCAAAAAGAACAACUCCAUGCUAAAAUCAUUCAGCUAGAAAAACAACUGGAUUUGAAACAAAAGUUGGAAUUGGAGAUUCAGCAAUUAAAAGGAUCAUUAAAUGUAUUGAAGCACAUUGAAGAUGAUGAAGAUGCAGAAGUUCUGAAGAAGGUAGAUGGUUUACAAAAGGAUUUAAGAGACAAAGAACAAUCUCUUCAAGAUUUAGAUGCACUGAACCAAACACUAAUCAUUAAAGAACGCAAGAGUAAUGAUGAGUUACAGCAAGCACGAAAAGAAUUGGUUGAGGGCAUCAAAGAGUUAUCAUCUCAUGCCAAUAUUCGUUUGAAGAGAAUGGGGGAACUUGACACUAGACCAUUCCUUGAAGCUAUGAAGAAAAGAUAUAAUGAGGAGGAAGCUGAAGAGAGAGCUUCAGAACUUUGUUCAUUGUGGGAAGAGUAUUUAAAAGACCCAGAUUGGCAUCCAUUCAAAGUUGUAAUGGUUGACGGGAAAGAAAAGGAAAUUAUUAGAGGCGAUGAUGAAAAGCUGAAUGGGCUGAAAAAUGACAUGGGUGAAGGGGCAUAUAACGCAGUGGUGGCAGCUUUAUUGGAAAUAAAUGAAUAUAAUCCUAGUGGGCGAUACUUAACCUCAGAAGUAUGGAACUAUAAACAGGGAAGGAGAGCAACUCUGAAAGAAGGAGCACAAUUUCUGUUAAAUCAAUGGAAAGUACUUAAACGCAAGAGGGGACUAAUGUGAAGGUUGAUGUCGGCUACAGGAAUAAGCAUGUUUGCCUUGGGAGAGAGAAUUAUGCAUCGCAGCGGGGUAGCAUGCCAUAUUGAGAGAGCUGCGAACCUAGUUGUGUAUAGUUUAUGUGAUUUAUGAUAAUGUUAAACUAUUUAAUUUCACUUGGCAUUUAGCGUCUGUGGGCAUCUUGGUGAGAAUCAAACCGCAUUCAUAAUGACAGCCCUUGUGCACUCCUGAGUUGGAGCAGACAUUGAUGUUAAACUUGUAUAAACUAUAUGAUUUAGCUUUUGCUUGUAGCAAUUUGGUUAAAUUAUAUUUUACU